GCUAUUUUAUACACAUGCUUUGGAAAUGACAUCCAUCAAUCGUACUUCUCACAAGUGACUAUCAUUAACCUUAGUGAAUAUAUUUGUGAGUUUAUUGGAAGUAAUGAAUUACCUUGCUUUGAGUAAAAAAAACUACAAAUAAAAAAUACAAAAUAACAUUAAAUUUUAAUAAAUUAAUAUUAAGGGGUAAUAAGAAUGAUUAAUGAUGUUCCUCUUGUUACCGAAUAUGAAUAAAUGAGCAUAAGAUCGAUCAAUUGAGAAAGUGAGUGAGGAAGAAACGAUUGAAAAGUGAAAUGGUUCGAGUAAGCAAAGAGGUUCUGCAAAAAGCAGUAACCACACUACUCUCCGAUUUCCUCGUUUGCCCUCUCUCCAAAAACCCCCUCAGGUAUUGCGAGGCAUCAAAUUCCCUGAUCAGUGAUGCUAUUGGCGUUUCAUUUCCCAUAAAAAAUGGGGUACCUUGUUUGGUUCCAAGAGAAGGAAAGAUACUUGACGAGGAAGAUGCAUCAAAACCAGAUAAUGAUACCAAUUCAUAUACAGCAAGUGAUGAGAGUCAAGCAAGAAGUUCCUAAGUUGAUGAACUGUGAGAGACAUUUAAGGUUUGAAAUUUAGUUUCUUAGGGAUGCUGUUGUGCUCUACGCUUUUCUCAAGACUCUUUCUGCACACGAUGAUCAAACUCUUAUGUGAACAGGCUGCUGGUAGAAUUUUGUGUGACAAAGAAGUUAUCGUUUAACACUUUUGGGGAAAGACUGAAAUAUGAUUCUUCCUUCUAUGAUCAAGUUAUGAAAAAUAAAUCUCAGUUUACCCCUUCCCUUUCACUGUUUGAAUAUUUUAACCAAGCUGAUUAGGUUGAUUUGUAUCUCAUGGAUGUCUCUCUUUAACUUUUAAUGAUUCAAAGUUUAUACUUCAUACAUUUUUUAUUUGUGUGCUGAUACAUAAUAUUUCUAUAGAAGAUAAA